AUGUGGGGAAUUUACGAUGUUUUCUCCGCUUUGACUGGACGUGCUGGAUACCUGCAUGAAAGCCCGCGUUGGCUUGUACAGCGCGGGAAGAUUCAUGAAGCUCGACGGGUCAUCCUCAGUAUAGCACACAUCGAUGGCGACAAAGCAAAAAUUGAUGAGAAAAACCUCGACAAAAUCCUACAGCAGGAGCAUGACCAGUUUGAAAUCAUGGGGAAGAAGCGACACACGUACUGGCAUGUCUUCAAGAAGGCUCACCUUGCACUGCCGUUGUGUAUAAUCGCAUUCAGCCUGUUCGCCAGUAUGGUAGUCAACUAUGCGAAUAUGUUCAAUUUGGGCAGUCUGUCAGGAUCAAUCUACCUGAACUCGAUUCUCGUCGGUUCAUUACGAUACUCUUCGAACCUAUCAUGUGGAUUUCUGGAUAAAAAAUUCCUGUGGUUCGGACGCAAGCGUGCCCACACCGCCUGCCAGCUCCUCGUGCUCAUAUCGCUGCUCAUUUCAACAGCAAUUUUCUACAGUGGCCAUGGAACAGACUAUGGAGGAGUCGUGAGGUUUUGCGUCCUCAUAGUAUGCGCAAUGGCAUCACAGAUUGUGAUCGUCGAUUCGGUCACCUGUAACGAACUCUUCCCCACUUCAGUACGAACUUUAUGCUACUCAUUCGUACAGCUUUGCAGUCGAUUAGGAAUCGUCGUCGCUCCCCAUGUGUUCUCAUGGGAUGAGAUUUGGCAUUUCCUACCGUACAUUUUUAUGAUCGUUGUCACAUUGAUGGAUGUGGUUCUGUUCGAGGUUGUGAUAGCCGAGACGAAGAAUAAGCCGCUUGAGGACCAUAUCAUUAAGAAGCCGAAGAAGUCAAGGCAAGAAGAAGAAGCGUGA